UUUGUUUUUACUUUCAGUCUUUUUCAUUUUACUUGUAGUCAGAGAUUCUUAAGAGACACGAUGGCUUCAGCAAAGCGAAACAGUGGAAAUGGAAUUCAAAGUAUGGAUAUGGAUGAGGUUCAUGAUCUCCAUGAUGGCAAUGUGACAGACAGCAGAUGUGAAACAGAAGAUGACAGACAUAAACCUGCAUAUUCUGUAACAGAUGUUCCGCCCUGGUAUUUGUGUAUUUUCCUGGCCAUACAGCACUACCUGAUAGCAUUUGGUGCAAACAUCGCCGUACCUCUCAUCAUCUCAGAGGGGCUGUGUCUGCAGCAUGACAGCCUCACCACCAGUUGGCUCAUUAACACCACUUUCUUUGUCUCCGGCCUUUGCACCUUGUUGCAGGUCACAUUCGGCAUCAGACUCCCCAUUCUACAGGGCAGCUCAUUUGCAUUACUGACACCUUCCAUGGCCAUGUUGUCUAUGCCAGAAUGGCAGUGUCCAGCCUGGACCCAGAAUGCCAGUCUGGUCAACACCUCCUCUCCAGUCUUUGUGGAAGUGUGGCAGACGCGUAUGAGAACAUUGCAAGGCUCCAUCAUGGUGGCCUCGCUCCUCCAGAUGCUUGUUGGCUUCUCUGGCAUCAUCGGUUUCCUGAUGCGCUUCGUUGGUCCAUUAACCAUCUCUCCCACCAUUUUCCUAAUUGGCCUGUCACUGUAUGAUGCAGCUGGAGUCACGGCUGGCAGCCACUGGGGCAUCGCUGUUAUGACCAUGGUGCUGAUCAUCUUGUUCUCCCAGUACCUGCGCUCUGUGCCCAUCCCUGUCCCCAUCUACAGUAAAACCAAGAAACUGCACUUCUCCAAGCUCUAUAUCUUCCAGACCAUGCCUAUUCUUCUAGGGAUUUCUGUGUCAUGGUUGGUCUGCUACAUCCUGACCGUCCUCGAUGUCCUACCAUCUGAUCCUACCCAGUAUGGCCACCUGGCUCGUACUGAUGUGAAGGGUGAUGUAAUCUCUGAGGCCCCCUGGGUUACAUUUCCUUAUCCUGGUCAGUGGGGGGUGCCAACGGUUAGCCUGGCCGCUGUGCUUAGCAUCAUGGCUGGAGUCAUAUGCUCCAUGGCGGAGUCUGUGGGUGACUACUACGCAUGUGCCAAGCUGUCAGGAGCACCUCCGCCCCCUAAACACGCCAUCAGUCGUGGUAUCGGUGUGGAGGGGAUUGGAUGUUUGCUGGCCGGGGCUUUCGGUACUGGCAAUGGAACGACCUCAUACAGUGAGAAUGUGGCAGCCCUUGGUAUAACAAAGGUGGGCAGUCGAGCUGUGAUUUUCUUCAGUGGAGUUUGUAUGAUUUUGAUGGGGAUACUGGGUAAAAUUGGAGCUAUUUUUGCAACCAUUCCCACCCCUGUGAUUGGUGGAAUGUUUCCAGUCAUGUUUGGAGUUAUUGCUGCCACAGGAAUUUCCAAUUUACAGCACACAUACAUGAACUCCACCAGGAAUAUCUUUGUGUUUGGUUUUUCUAUAUUUACUGCACUCACCAUCCCAAAUUGGUUAAGGAACAAUCCUGAUUCCUUAAAAACAGGUGUGACUGAGUUGGACCAAGUCUUGCGUGUACUGCUUACCACACACAUGUUUGUUGGAGGGUUCCUCGGGUUCUUCCUUGAUAAUACCAUUCCAGGCACCAAGCGAGAACGUGGCCUUUCAUCCUCUGAUACAACACUUCACGAAGACUCCGACAGCACCUUGUUAACAGAUGUGUACAACCUUCCCUUCGGCAUUACCUCCUGCCUGGCAUCUCGGUCUUGGGUUCGCUACGUGCCUUUCUGCCCACAGAAUGGAAACAAAACCAAGUACGACGUCGCCAAGAAGUCAGUGGAAUAAGCACAGCAGACCCAGUGGCUUGGUAAAUAACUACAGAAGAUACUUCAACUAGUGCGAAAACCUAAUAAGUAUUUCAGAUCAGCACAAUUUUUGACAUAUGCCAAAUCAAAUGUGUAGUGAGGUAAUGUUUUAUAAACUUAAACAUUCAACUUUGUGGUGAGAAAAUGUUAUUUCAGUUUAAUCAUUUCUAUGUUGAACUAUUGUUUAGGAGAUAAAUAGGUGAUAAAGAAUAGCGUUCUAUUUAUUCUUCUCUUCCAAAGGAAAUUAAAUUUAGCCUGUAGGUAUAUUUAUCCUCCCUCAGUGCCGUCUCCACAGUGAUACUGACAGGUACUCGAAAACAAAGAGCAGCAGUAGCAGCACUUAAAGCUGUUACUGUGUUUCCUCUUUCAAAUGCAGACAUCGAUAAAACUUGCGUCAUCUCUCCAGGCCUGUUUGUAUUGUAUUUCAGGAAGAUGACAGUGUGCUAAGGGUUAACCCAAAAAAUGUUAUUUUUAAUUUGUCUUUUCUCUGGAAAGUAUUUCAUGUUUCCAAGGUUAGAGUUUUAAAUAGAUGCCUGCCUCCAAUUUGCAUUUCAGUGGACUGAACUAACAAUGACAUCAUCGUUACUGCCCACUAGUGACAGUUUCGGUUUUUCAGACAGUUUGUUUUUCUCCUUUUUAUGCCUUGAGGAUUUUUUUUUUAAUGUUUAAACUCUACGUUAUAUUUUCACUGCUUGUUUCGUUUCUAAGAGCAUAAUUGGGUCUUUUAUGAAUCCUUGCAAACAUUCAACUAGCACCUUAAUCUUUCUGACAGGUAUCAUUGCUGAUGGUGUUGUAGAAGAUAGAGAGGGAGAAAACAUGUCUGCAGGGGGAAGAUAUCUAUGACCAGUAUGUGCUUCUGUACUGCAGGCAACAGUUCUCUGCACGCUCCUGCUAAUGGAUUCAUUCAGACAUAUUGUAAAUAUUCUAUGUAUACAGCUACUGUCCAGUUUUUCACCGUAGGACUGUUUCUUUAAAACCUGCAGUCAGGUUUAAUACGUCUUCAUGCCUGCUGGGAGAGAAAUCCCUAUAUUCAUGUAAUAAAAAUGUGAAAAUAAAGCAAAUACUGUUUA